GGCCAUUCAUCGAUUCAUUCGCUGUGUCCCCUUCCGACGUACGUCCGGACAAAAACCCUUCGCUGGACGUGUCACGACAAAACCUGCCUCACACUCCCACCAAUCACACACGACACAGAUUACGUACGUACAUUCUUCCUGUGAGCAUGCAACAAACACAUGGACAUGACCUCGUGGCUGCGUGGGGCCCUCCCUCUCAGCCACCAGCCACCCAUCGACCUGACCUAGCCGCAGCCGCGGACACACCCACCACACCCACCUAAGCACCCCUACGGAAAAAAUGCCUACCUGACGCGUCGACACGACAAUUCCGGACCGUCCUAAAUGCGCACGUGCUUUCACAGCUCCCACCCGCUUCGGCCGCUCAGCGCCUGCCGAUCGAUGACGAAUUAGUCCUGUUGCUCAUUUUGCUCACGAGCAGUGUCUGAGUGAAUGGACACACACGGCAUCCACCGAAUGGUCCGUUCUCCCUUUCGUGUCUGAAUACGCACCUUUGUAUGCCUGGAAAUACGCCAAGGCGUAUUCAGUGGCCAUGUCGUCCAGGGCCGUCUUGUUGCGGCCCACCAGCUCGAAGACAGUAGGAAUCAGAUACUGAUGACGGUCGACCUGCAGACGGACAAACAUGGAUGUCCACACACACCAUGCCGAUAAGUGGCUCAUUCGGCCGACGUGUGUAUCCAGUCUCUUCUGGCGGGGAUGUUGACACGAUUGGGGCUGAACCACAGAUACAUCAGGUCAUGCAGCACUUGCUGCGCGCACACAUGGGCGCACACAAAUGGGGAUACACAAACACGCAUAUGCUCAUCUGGUGGGCGGAUCGCUGAAGAUCAUUCUGGUCUUGCUCUUGAGCGUACAAAGAGGAUGGGUGUAGGCAGGUCGUCGAGGUCCUCCUUCUUGAUGUUUUCCAUCCCAAAUGCGACUGACAGUAUGUCCCAGUGCUUCCGCAGCACCGCUUCCGUGAAAGCCUCCCGCAGCCACUGAAUCUGCGGCAGCACCUCUCUCUCGGGCCCGUCGAGGGGCGCUGUCUCGUUGUAGCUCACAGACGCCAGGCCGGCCUUCAUAAGGCCCUCUGAGAAACACACCUCUGUCUCGUCAGCGGACCAUUCUCUCUCCAGACGGGGAAUAUCAACCUGCACGUUCAGAGAGGUGUCAAUGGAUGGGUGGGUGUGGAUGCUCAUGUCUUGCGAUUGUGGCGAAUCCGUCCUUCUGGUGGUCGGCGUACACCUCGGCCAGCAUGAGGAGCUUGUAAGCGAACACAGAUAGAGACGCCGGCAAAUCAGCCUCCUCUUCAUCUGAAAGACAGACAGGCAUGCACUCACUCAUGGAUGACACACGCAGAUGAGUGCACAUGCACGAACGUACCAGGGUCUGAUGACCCUAAGCCAGCGUCGCUCAUGCCCAGAACCUUGCCCGUACUGCGAUCGACGGUGGGGCCGCCAGAGAAGCCCAGAGGGAUGACAGCAUCGUGCGACAGCAUCAGACCAUUCUCGAUGUAGCUGGCUUCAUCUGAUGUGAGGACGAUUUGCGAUCGCUCUGUCUGUGCAUCCCUCCCUCCGUCCCCUCGCUCCUCACCUUUCAGCGUGCCGUAGUUGGUUGCAGGUCCGUCGUAAGGGCUGUAGUUAAGCUUGUCCUCACCCACCUCGACAUCAGCUGGGUACAAGGAGCCGCUGUUGGCCAGGUAGCCCAUCGUCAUGACUGGUGUGCCACCCGUGCCCUCGUUCGUGAUGUUUCCCGCCACAAAUGCCUCGGGAACAACGCCACCCAGCUUGUCGCUGACAUACUGCUUAUAGCGCUGCAUGGAGGAGGGAAGGCAAUGCAGGCACACACAUCCACAUGGACAGGGGGAAGGCCCAUGCUUACGUGCUUACGUCGAGUGUGUAUGGCGGGUGGAGCUUCACAAAGGCCACAUCCCACCUGGGGCACUUCAUGACCACCCGACCCAGCAGCUGUGUCCAUCAAGUCACCAGAGAAGCAGCAGUAAGGUGUGCGUAUGCCAUAACCCCUCUCUUUUUCUCUCUCUCUUUCAGUCCACUUACCGUGCUGUUGGUGAUUGUCGACUGGAGGAUCACAUAGUCUGACAACCGCACAAAUGCAGCCAGCUGACAUCAGCAGCCGCCCUUCAUCCCUGUCACCAUGGCUGACCUGCAUCGAUCACCUUGUCGCUUCGCGUGACGAACAGCGGCUCACGAGGCCCGUCCAGCAGGAAGGUGGAGGCAAGGACAUAGGCUGCAUACACACACCAACCCAGGCCAAGAGGACAGCAUGUAUCCACCCAUCGUCACUAUCAUUCGUGUGCUCACCUGCAGGGUCGCCGAGCAGCCCGUUCGGUGACUCAAAUCGGUGGGCGGGGAUCAGCCGGAAGAUGGACGCCUGCAGGGGCAGCGGCACGUCAUCCAGACCCCUCUCGUACUUGUCGUAGAGGGACUCCAAUCUCGGCCCUUUGACUACCGAGAAAGGGUAGCUGACCGAAUCAAGCACAUCCCCGGCGCUGCUCGUCGCCCGUCGCUCGACUGAGGAUGGCCUCGGAGUCGGGCGAUGAGUCGGGCGCUCCUCUUUGGGGCACUGCGAAGCCAGAGGAGCGCCAGACUGCCAUGCUGACGCCAAGCAAACACAUGCGAUGAGAGCAAGGCCGAGUCGGACGAUGGACCACAUGGUUGGGAAGGGGAUAAGGUGGAUCUGCCAGGGGAAGAUGAAAUGCAAUUCUCUG